AUGGUGACGCCUGCCGGUCCGCUCAGUACACCGACUGCCUCAUCGUUAUCGUCGCCCGCCGCACCACAAGGUCCUGGUCCGAAUGCACCUGGUCCAUCCCAGGGCUCAGCCGGCGGACAACAGCAGCAAGGACCUCUCCCACCGGGUGUUAACUAUGGCGAUUUCGUCAACUCCAAGUACCUGCCAUAUGGCGAAGCGGAAGAGAGUAGACUCAAAACGUUGUUUUACCUGCUUCCGGAGGGCUGGCCGCACGAAAUCUAUCCGGGGGGCCAAGCGUGGAUCCCCACACAGAUAGGAGAAGGCGGAGGCGGGAUCGCACACCUUUGGCUGAAGUAUCGAGACGGGAAGAUUGUUGAUCGGACGGUGGUUAAGACGGUACUGAUGAGCCAGCAUACGCGGACGAAAUGGACGAAUUGGUGGGGGAAUCCGAGAGAUCGGACUACGAAGAGGGUUCCGAUGGAGAUGGAGCUCCUGAGGGACAGACCGGGCUCCGCCAAAGUCGUGCACUCCAGAGCACAUCACGUCGACGACGAGGGACGGUUCUACAAGCUAUACAUGAACUAUUGCUUGUACGGCGAUCUCUUCCAAGUUAUCGGCAUUGGGUACGGCUGUCAUUCCCCAGAAGAUGUGCCGAUUCCAGAGGCAGUAAUCUGGAUGAUCUUCAAAGACCUGACGGAGGCGUGCCUGCUGCUCGAAUAUGGCGACGCUACAGCUAAGACCGGAGUGCCGGACUGGACUCCUAUCGUGCACCGAGAUCUCAAGGUCGACAAUAUUGUCAUUGAUCAGCCUAAUCCUGAUGCAGACGACUUCCCAGCCUUCCCUACAGCCCGCACGAUGGAUUUCGGGUUCGCCGUGAUGACCGACAAAGAUGAUCCGGAGAAUCCGAUAGCAUACGAGUGUCAGGGGACGGCGGGCUGGUAUGCACCUGAACAGCAUCACUGGUUGCAUCAUCAGCAUCUGUACAAGUUCCCCAGGCCGGAGGAUAAGAUGCAACUGACGCAGGCUACAAACGUAUGGGGAUUGGGAGCCGUUGUCCUACGGUUGAUGAAUCAAGAUUGCCUCCCCGACGCACACCUCUUCUCAACGCCCGAGCCAGAGCACAUUACUGUGGACCCAUAUGUCGCGCCUCGCUAUUCGAAGGAGCUCAGGGACCUCGUCGAGCAUUGUACGCAGUACUUUCCGAAAGACCGGCCUACUCUGCUUGAUCUGAAGGCCAGCAUUGAUCGAUAUACGACCCCCGGUACGGCGGAUGACGGGGCGAGCGGGAUGAGAACGAAUCCGAAUGUGCCGGCAGAUCCGGCUUUUCAGUUUAGGCAUAUGAAGGACGGGUAUAAGCUGCAAUUGAGUGGGUAG